UCUUUCGAGCAACAUAAUUUGCGUGAUGUUAAAUGAACGUUAACGGUGCAAUUUAGACCACAGGUGGCUGAGAGCUUUUUAUUGAUGAUGUUCCUGUUUAUAACGUGUUUGGUUUUCAUUUCCGAGGGAAUGCAAGAUAUCAAAUUUUGGCUACAAGACCCGGGUGCUUCUGCCAAAACAAGCAUGAAAAAUGUGUACGUGUUGUGUCUGCUGGUGGCCUGUUCUGUCCAUGCGAUGCCAAACGUUAAGAAUCGAAUAAAAGCUCAAGAUGGCGCAGUUCGAAUCCCAGGUAGAGUUCAUUUACCCUUGAAACAUCGCCGAGUUGCACUUCUCGAGGAAAUCGACACAAAGCAAAAUGAAAACUUAUAUAAAAAUCUCAAAUUCAAUGGCCGUGAAGUGAAAAGAUUGGUGAAGCCGACUGAAAAUGAAGAUGACGGAGAAGACGAGAGGGCAACUGUUAAAAAGAACAGGAGCAAAAGAGACGUCAUACCUGGACUUCCUGAGGGCUUCGAUCUAGACAUCAACUUCGAUUUAGACAUCCCUCCCAAGGAUCUCAAACGUGCUGACAUUGAUUUUAAUAUCAAAGUCGAAGCCCUGCAUCCACACAGAAAUAAAGACGGUCAGUGAUUCUCAGUAUCUAAUAGAGUCCAGCCAAUAGUUUUGGUAAAGAUUAUAUACUUUUCUGGAAUGUCGGACUUCAUCACGUUCUAUUACACAGGUAAUAUAUCAUCCGCUUUCUGUUACAUUUUGAAGUUGAUUUUCUUUUAUGGAUAACCCCACCUUUGCACAAAUAUUUUGUUGUUUCCAUUCACGACUGUGUCAUAAGAAUGAUUUGAGCACGCCAAAGAAAUGGCCUUUCCAACGGGCCAUUGCCUUACUUCGUUUUGCUUGUUCAUUUGUCUCCUUUCCUCGACUUCUUCCAUGCUUUUAUCUAACAAUUUUAAACGUCACUCGUGAUUCGUUCUUGUGGAGUUUGUUGAACAAUUCAAUAUUUGCUGUAUUAAUAUAGUCCGUGCAUUGUAGGGAAUGCUUUAAAUUCCCAUGAUCUUGCAUUGGUGAUGGUUCAUUGCAUGUUACUUAGUUAAAUGAUAAAUCAAUUUUAUAUUUUUCUGGCGUCAGAGUGAAAAAUAUAGUCAGAGACAAUCGAUCGUCCUACUGACGAACCUUCCUUCAGAAGUUUCCUUUCAGAACAGAAGUGCGCCACUGUUUCACAGUAUCUCACAGCGGGAAAGUUCCCGAGUCGAAUCGUGGAAGACGCACAGGAUGGGCGAUUUGAAGCAAGGCUUUACAAGGACGCUAAUGAUCUCCAAAUAACUUGCGGGAUGAGAAAUAACAUCAGAAGAUUUUCAAGAUCUAUGGGUAUGUGACAAUAACUAUUAAGAAGUAGAUCUUGUCAAAGAUACAAUUUUUUCUAAAUGCAGAAAACGCAUCGAAGAUGCAGUGGAGAAGAACCUAUGGAGCCGAGACUUCCGCUUGGGGGACCAAUCAUUUUUAGGUAAAAUACGGAGAAGACGAAAUCAACCCAAGGGGUUACAUAGACAAGACCUCAAUUAGUACAUAUCUGACUAGAGUACCCCGAUUUUCAGGGAAAUUUGUUUGUUUAUCACACUGAUACAACUCUGUAAAAACCUCACUUCUCAAAAAUCACCAGAAGGGUACCACGAACGAACAAAGAAUCAUACCAAACUGACAAUAUAAAAAAAAGCUUACUUAGACGGUAUACCAAAUUCUGCAGUAAAUAGCUAGGUGACAAAAGGGAGCAUAAAGAAUCUGAUGGUAACAAUAGCUCACACGUUCUAUCAAUAAUCUGUUUUAU